CGCAGAGCGCACAGAGGAUGCGGGAGGAGAGGGGAGGGGCGGCCGAGGGGGGCUGAGGCGAUGGCGCGGCGCGAGGCGCUGGGGGCGGUGCUGGCGUGCGGCAUUUGCCGCGAGCGGCUGCGCAGCCCCAAAGUGCUGCCGUGUCUGCACUCCUUCUGCGAGAGGUGCCUGCAGGCCUACGUGCCGCCGCACAGCCUGACGCUGCCGUGCCCCGUGUGCCGCCAGACGUCCAUCGUGCCGGAGCGCGGCGUCGCGGCGCUGCAGAACAAUGUGGUGUUGGCGCGGUUGGUGGAGGGCCCCCCCGAACCCCCCGAGAGCCCCCCGGGCGACGGCCUCCCCUGCCCCAACCACGAGGGCAAGGGCCUGGAGUUCUACUGCGAGGGCUGCGAGACGGCCACGUGCCGCGCGUGCCGCGAGGGCGAACACCGCGAGCACCGCACCGUCCCCCUGCGCGAUGUCCUCGAGCAGCACCGCGGCGCCCUCCGCGCCCUCUGCGACGCCCUGCGGGCACGGCUGCCGCAGCUGUCGGCGGCGGCGGCGUUGGUGUCGGAGCUGAGCCAGGAGUUGGCUGCGCGCCGGGCGGCGGCGGCCGCGGACAUCGCGGCGGUGUUCUCGGAGUUGGAGGCGACGCUGCGGCUGCGCCGCGCACAGCUCGAGCGCCUCCUGGACGACACCUGCGGAGCCAAACAGCAGGUGCUGCAGGCGCAGCUGGAGGCGCUGCGGCAGGGCCAGGAGAGCCUGCAGAGCAGCGUGGCGCUGGCGGAGCGGGCGCUGGGGCGCGGCUCGGCGGCCGAGGUGCUGCUGCUGCGCAAGCAGGUGGGCGAGCGGCUCGGCGAGCUGGCGGCGCGCGACUUCCCGGAGCAGCCGCAGCAGAACGCGCACCUGGACUGCGCGCUGGAGCCCGACGGCGUCCGCAAGUCCAUCCUCAACCUGGGCGCCCUCGUCACCACCGACGCCGCCGCGCACAAGACGGUGGCGGCGGGCGAGGGGCUGCGGCACGCCGUGGUGGGGCAGCCGGCCUCGCUCAGCGUCACCACCAAGGACAAGGACGGGCAGCUCGUGCGCAGCGGCGGCGCCGCCGUACGCUUCCAGGUGACGGGCGCGGACGGUGCGGCGGUGGAGGCGGAGGUUCAGGACAACAAGAACGGCACUUACGAGCUGACGUACACGCCGCGCGCCGAGGGCGACCUCCAGCUCGCCGUGGCGCUCUACGGGCGGCCCAUCCGCGGCAGCCCCUUCCGCGUCCGCGCCGUCAGGGCCUGCGACGUCCCCGCCUCGCCCGACGACGUCAAGCGCCGCGUCAAAUCGCCCAGCGGCGGCCACGUCCGCCAGAAGGCCGUGCGGCGCCCGUCCAGCAUGUACGGCAGCGCCAAGAAGAAGGAGAACCCCAUCGAGGACGAACUCAUCUUCCGCGUCGGGACGCGGGGCCGCGAGAAGGGGGAGUUCACCAACCUUCAGGGCAUCUCCACCUCCAGCAACGGCCGCAUCGUGGUGGCCGACAGCAACAACCAAUGCGUCCAGGUCUUCUCCAACGAGGGGCAGUUCCGGCUGCGGUUCGGGGUGCGCGGCCGCUCCCCGGGGCAGCUCCAGCGCCCCACGGGCGUCACCGUCGACACCAACGGCGACAUCAUCAUCGCCGACUACGACAACCGCUGGGUCAGCAUCUUCUCCCCCGAGGGCAAGUUCAAGACCAAGAUCGGGGCGGGGCGGCUGAUGGGCCCCAAAGGCGUCGCCGUCGACCGCAACGGCCACAUCAUCGUGGUGGACAACAAGGCGUGCUGCGUCUGCGUCUUCCAGGCCAACGGCAAGCUGCUCACCAAGUUCGGCAGCCGCGGCACCGCCGAGCGCCAGUUCGCGGGUCCCCACUUUGUGGCGGUGAACAACAAGAAUGAGAUCGUGGUCACCGACUUCCACAACCACUCGGUGAAGGUGUACAGCGCGGACGGGGAGUUUCUGUUCAAGUUCGGCUCCCACGGGGAGGGCAAUGGGCAGUUCAACGCCCCCACCGGCGUCGCCAUCGACGCCAACGGAAACAUCAUCGUCGCCGAUUGGGGCAACAGCCGCGUCCAGGUGUUUGACGGCGCGGGCUCCUUUCUGUCGUACAUCAACACGGGCGCCGAUCCCCUCUAUGGCCCUCAGGGCGUUGCGCUGACGCCCGACGGCCACGUCGUCGUCGCCGACUCCGGCAACCACUGCUUCAAGGCCUACCGCUACCUGCAGUAG